AUGCGUUUCUUCGUUGCCUCGUUCUUUCUUGCCGCCACUGCCAUGCCCCUUGAGCUCGGUAACCAUGCUGACCUCACCAAUAUUGUUGCUGGUACCUCCUCGAACGGUGCUGCUGCCAACGCAGGCCAUGCGGCUGCUGUUGCCGCCUCCGAUACUGUUUCUGCCUCGGCUCCCCCUGUCCACGCUGCUACUUCACCCAGCACUACUGCUACUGAUGUGAACCGGGAUGAUGCUGAUGCUAAAGCUGAUCCUGUCGAUGUCAAUGCUACGCCUAGCGGCGUCAUUGCCAAUGUUGGUUCGGUCGACGCCUCAGCUGGACAGAACCGUGCUAAUCCCUCGGUGAGCCCCAACGGUGCCGACGCUACCAAGCCAUCCGCUGCCAUCUCGCCGAUCAAGGCUAAUGUGCAGAACCUGAUCAAGAUCAUCUUGGACCCGAAGCUUCUGGAGAAAAUGAAGCAGACCCUUCCCUGCCAAGACCCUCCUGGCCAACUCGUAGUACAUCGAGGCUGUCCUGAAGAAUCCUCAGUCGGCACUGGCCAUCCUUGGCGUCAACUCGCUGUCUCAGCUUUCAUGAAUAGAACAUAG